UGGUCUUAUUGCAUCCCCUCCCUUUAAUAAUAUCAAGAAUUUCCCAUAAUCAAAGACACGACAUCUGACCACCACCAAGGCAUGCUCUCUUCUCCGCCGUCUGCGGCUCCACCAGCACCGCCGUCCCCCGACGAGGACUUCUUCUCUACGGCCUCCACAUCCACCUCCUCCGAUUCCAAGCCACCGUCCCCGUCCCCGUCCGCGACCGCAACCCCCAUCCCUCAGAUCCCCAUCACAUGGCCCGACGGCGGAGCACUCACCGUUUCUUGGGUCACCAAUCUCAUGCGGGCAUUCGACUGGGCUUCCAGAGCUAUACCCCCGGCGGAGUUCCCGUCGGUGCUUCCGGUUGGAGUUUUCGAUAAACUUGUACUAGCUGCAUCUAAGAUUUUGCAUAAAGAGCCCAACUGUGUGACAAUUGACGAGAAUUCUGGGUUGGGUCAGCAGUCCAGAGUUGUUGUGGUUGGUGAUGUGCACGGUCAGUUGCAUGAUGUUCUGUUUUUGUUGAGAGAUGCAGGAUAUCCGGCCAAUGAUCGUUUUUUCGUGUUCAAUGGGGAUUACGUGGAUAGAGGUGCUUGGGGGCUUGAGGUUUUUCUACUCUUACUGGCUUGGAAGGUUCUUAUGCCUAACAGGGUGUAUUUACUUCGUGGAAAUCAUGAGUCAAAGUAUUGCACUUCGGUAUAUGGAUUUGAGAAGGAAGUCUUAACGAAAUAUGGAGAUAGCGGAAAGCAUGUAUACAGGAAGUGUUUAGGCUGUUUUGAAGGACUUCCCCUUGCUUCCAUCAUAGCUGGAAAAGUUUACACUGCACAUGGAGGGCUUUUCCGUGGAACAGUUGUCACCCCAUCAAAGAGAUCUAAAAAGAAGAAUCGGAAGGUUGUUCAUAACCCUGCAGUAAAUUCUCUAAUUCUUGGUUCCUUGGAAGAGUUGGCAAAAGCUAGAAGGUCAGUCCUUGAUCCUCCCUGGGAGGGGCCCAAUUUGAUACCUGGCGAUAUCCUAUGGUCAGAUCCAUCAACAAGUCCGGGUCUUUCUCCAAAUACAGAGAGAGGCAUUGGCCUCUUAUGGGGUCCAGAUUGUACUGAAGAAUUUCUGAAGAAGUUCAAUCUAAAGUUGAUCAUCAGGUCACAUGAAGGUCCUGAUGCAAGGGAUAAGCGAUCUGAUCUUGAAGGAAUGGAUGUAGGUUAUACUAUAGAUCAUCUUGUAGAAUCUGGGAAGCUUAUCACAUUAUUCAGUGCUCCAGAUUAUCCACAAUUUCAGGCAACAGAAGAGAGAUUCAGAAACAAAGGAGCAUAUAUUAUCCUGGAACCCCCACAUUUUGACACACCUAUUUUCCAUAGCUUUGAAGCUGUUACCCCAAGACCAAAGGUAAAUCCUUACUACGAUUUCGAAGAUGUUAUCGAUUCUGAUGAAGAGUUGGACCUGGUGUCAAUGGUGCCUGAUUCAGGAGUGCAACUUCCUACUGCUUGAAGAGGCCUAUUACCACCCUACGAUAGUGAAGUUUUGUGAAUGUUCUUGUUUUUAUUUAAUUGUGUGUGUAUUCUAUGUAUCAUCGGGAGACACUUUAUUUACCUGUAAACCCGCUUGUCCCUUUUAAGUGUAGAUUCACCUGUUGGGAUGUUCUGAGCCGGGGCAGUCGCCUCUUGUAUAUCACAGUACCAAUAUGUUUGAUUGUGCAGGUCCAAUGAUACCAUGUUCCACAACUCCCCCCCCCCCCCUUAGCUAGAAAUACAUUUCAUGCCGUAUGAUGGCCUUAGCUUCCUUUCCUUCCUCAUUGUAGACAAGUUCCCAGCUAUUCUGGCCUCUUCACCAUGAAUGUGGAAUGAGUUUCUUAUUUCCUUGUUA